CGAGGCCAUAUUGGACAUUAUUGUUCCGAAUGGUAUUCUUGAAUGUACUGAAGAACGAGUACCUUCAAUAUUAUCUGCUAAAACCCAUGAACUAUUACGUUUUUAUCUUGUUAUUGGGUUACCUUCUGAUUCUGUCAUCUAUGAUCUCGCUACCGUGGAUGCUUUUUUUCAUCAACUGGACAUAAAUGUGGAAGCUUCUCUGAACGAUUCGUAUAAUGUUUCUGUCCCAUCACUUUCUCCUAUUCCUAGAUCGUAUCAUCACUCGAUUAGAUCUCGUUCUAGUUCUACUCCAACUCCUCCUUCGAUUCCUGGAUCUCCUUCUUGCCAUCCCUCUGACAAAGUAAAUAAAAUGUCAGAAGGUUCUGUUAUUUAUUCAUGCCCUUAUGACCCAAAUAAAAAUGAUGAAAAAAUGGUUAUUGUCAAGUUUAAAAAUCGAUGGACUUGUGUCGUACCAUUAAAGAUGUCUGUAAAUUUCAUGAAAACACGUUCUGCUAAUCCAACAUUAUCUUUGAAUGUUUCUGUAUCUUUGCAAUCAUCAUCCUCAAUGGUCGAUGAACAAGAUACUCCACAACUUUUUGGCCAAAUAAAUUUGCUAGCAGGUCUUGCGGAUGAUCCAGUUUUUGAAGGGUUUUCUACUCCUUUUCAUAUAUCUCCACCUCGUUUACAAACAUUAGAUUCUGUAAACAAACGAAGCUUAUAUGGUCCAAUUAAACCUAUAAAAAGAAAUUGUUUUAAAUCAUUAUCUUUAAAGAAUGCCUUAACUGUUCGUAUGCGAACAAUAAGCGUUUCACCAUUAGACAAUGCUUUGAUGAUUGCAGUUGAGAUUGAAAACAAUAACGCUGAAACAACUGCUUCAUUUGCUGUGGACAAGAUCAAAAUAGAUGUUCCUUAUAGUUUUGUUACAAGAUAUGAGUGUACACAAGAUAAGACUACAAAUGAUUUUCCGUUGACAUUGAAUCCAUUUGAUCAAGUGUCUUUUCUUUAUAAUAUCGUAAUACUUGAAAAACCUUCCUUACCUACCCUCCCUACACAACAAUAUUUCCUUCCAUCAUCUUCAAUGAGUUCUCGCGGAUCUUCACGUAGAAGUUCUGUUUCUUCUAUUUUUUCAAAUAAGAUACCUGCAUCAUCUCCAGCUGAAGACCGACAGCGUCCUCUUUCUAUCAGAAUAAGAGGUUCACCCAUUUUAAAGAAUGAGAAAAUACAUGUUAUUGAAUCUAAAUGGAAUUGUAAGCUAGAUUUAUCUAGUUUACUUAAACGUGAUAAUUCAAUACCUCUUAAUAAAAUAAUUCAACAAAGUCAGCAAAACUCAAGGUUCACUGUAUCUCAAACGUCUGUUUCUUCAAGAAAUUCGGCUUUUUUAUCAACCGAUGUAUCAACUCCAACCUCUAUAAAAACUUUUAAUUCUGAUUUAAAUAUUAAGAAACAUUGGAGCGUUCCAACUGCACUUGAAUCAAUAAAUGGAACUCUUGUUGGUGGUAGAGUUCCGAAACAAAAAAUUGCCAUUGAUAGUGGUGAUUGCGUUGCUGUGUCAUUUUCUGUUAAGGUUCCCAACAAAAAUCAAUUAGAAAAUAGUACAUCACCGUUAUCGAUAGUAACAAAGCUUCCUAGCGAUAGUUAUGAAGAUAUUUCAAUGCUUUCUAUACGUGGCAAUCUAUCGAAUAAAAUUGAGCCUUUUAUAAAUGAAUCAGACUUUCUCAAUAAAUAUUUAGAGUUCGAGACUUUUGACGCUGAUCUCGUUUGUUUAGAGAAUAACGUUUGUACAAGACCAAUACAGCCAUUAACAUGUGAAACUGUUUCAAUAAGUUUCAUCGCCAUGAAAGAAUCUUUACAUGUAAUCGAUCUAGUUCAAAUUGUAAAUACCGAUACAGGCUUUGUAACAAACCUUCGAAACGUUUUAGAAAUAUUAAUUCGCAGUAGAACCGAUGUUACAACGUUCCCAACAUUCAAAUCUGAAACUGACAAAAACAACUCAAUAUUUAAUGACGUUAUUCCAAUUCGAAAACAACUAAUCGUAUCUUAA